UACCAACCCACACACUAUUCUACGGAGUACAACCCGCACAAUGAAACCACUCACCACGAUUACCCUCUCCAUACUCUUCCUCCUCCCCCUCACCACCGCCACAACACCACCCUCCCAAUUAUCCCCCCAACCCAAAUGUUUCGCCCCCGACGGCGCCCCCGUCACCAGCUCCCUCUACCAACCCUGCAUCUCCAUCACCGGCGUCCACUCCAUGUGCUGUCGACUCAACGCCGCGAACCCUGAAACCUGUGACCCGUCCGGAUUGUGUAUUUCCAGCCAAACCACCACCACCGGCACCGGCACCAGCGGCACCACUACUACCUCUUACUACCGGGAAUUCUGUACCGAUUCGUCGUGGAAUUCAACAAAUUGUUUGCCUAGGAAUAUUUGCGGCGAUGCGAACAGCGGAAACUCCAACUGGAGCUACCAACUCACCCCCUGCGGCAACUCCCUCUGGUGCUGCGGCAGCAGCACAGCCUGCUGUUCCACCGGCCAAGCAUUCAAACUCAACCGCACGCUGAUCAACUUCCCGGACUUACAGAGAUCGCUCGAUUUGUCGGCCCCCACUGCUACGGUGACAGUCCUUCCCGCUGGGGAAAAUAGUGAUGGGAGUGCCGGUAUGGAGCGCGAGAGCGGGAUGUCAAGGAAGGCGAAGAUCGGGGUGGGGAUUGGGGUGCCGGUGGCGUGUUUGGUGAUGGGGUUGGUGGGGGUGGGUGGGGGAUUUGUUUGGGGGAGGAAGGUUGCUGCUGGUGGGAGGGGUAGGGGGGAUGGAAUGGGAGGGGAUGGGGAGAGUGUGGGGAUGGAGAAGCCGAAGGGGUCGUUUGGGAGUGAGGAUGAUGGGGCGAGUACGGCGCCUUGUUUGCAGGUUGUUAAGUCGGGGUAGUUUGACUCAGUGGGACUGGGUUUAUUGGGGUGGACUUCGAUGGGAUGUGUGUAUUAGUAUUGUUAUUUGUGGCUGAGGCUGCUUUGGAUUUACAGCGUUACCCUCAUUGAUACAGAUGAGAGAUGUUAAAAUUGAUACUGCUUCUGGG